AUGCAGCAGCAGAAGCAGCAACAAACGCAGCAACAGACGCAGCAGCAGAAGCAGAACCUGGUGAAGCAGCAGCAGCCCCACAAGCAGAGGCAGCAGCAGAAAGCAGCAGAGGCAGAAACUGCUGCUGCAGUGGCAAUCGCAGCAGCAGAAGUAGCAGCAGAUGCAGCCAAAGAAACAACAGCAGGUGCAGAAGCAGAAGCAGCAGCAGGAACAGCAGCAGAUGCAGCAGCAGCUGCAGCAGCCGCAGCAGCAGCUUCUGAUGCAGGGGCUCCGGUAGCAGCAGAUGCAGCAGCAUCUCCAGACGCAGCUGCAACAGGUGCAGCAGCAGCAGUAGCAGCAGCAGGUGGCGCAGAAGCAGCUGCAGCAGCAAGUGCAGGCCAACAACCCCACACCCAGGACCCCACAACCUAA